UACACGUCACAUAGUUCCGUCAAAAUUUCACUACAAUUUUAUCAAGUUGUAUUGAUGGGACAUUGUUCGUGUAGUGCAGAAAUUUAACAACAUAUUUAAGAUAUUUUAGCUGAGAUUAUUAUCUAGAGUUACUCAAGAUGUUCAAAACACUAUUUACGACCUGCCUCCUAUUAGCCAUUUCAAAUGUUUGCCUCUCGGAUGAAGAGACCAGCGCACGUUUGCUUGUUUCGAAACAAAUCCUCAACAAAUAUCUGGUUGAACAGAGUGAUUUGCUGGUGCGAUAUACAAUUUACAAUGUAGGAAACGGCGCCGCCACCAAUGUAAAAUUAGUAGACAAUGGAUUCCCUUCUGAAGCGUUCGAUGUAGUCGGAGGUCAACCCACAGCCACUGUGGAGCGUAUUGCUCCACAAGCCAACUACACACAUGUUUUAGUGGUGCGUCCAAAAUCGUACGGAUAUUUCAAUUUUACUGCCGCCGAGAUUUCCUAUAAGCCUGUUGAAGAGGUCGAAAAGUUGCAACUGGCUGUAAGCUCAGAGCCUGGUGAAGGUGGCAUCAUCAAUCUUGGUGAAUUCAACAAGCGGUUCUCAUCACACUUCUUUGAUUGGGUUGCUUUCGCUAUAAUGACGUUGCCCUCAUUAGCAAUCCCGUUGGCCCUUUGGCACUCGUCAAAGAGCAAAUAUGAACGGUACGGCAAGAACAAGAAGCAUUAAAUAUCAGCCUUAAAGCCGAAUUGGCAGGCUACUUUUCGAAACAUAUAACUCGCAAACGAUUCAUUUUUAAUAUCGCCUAUUUUCUUAAAUUAUACUCGGCAUUUGCAAUGUUUUUCACUAUGCGGGACACGGUACAUUUUUUAUUCUUGCUUAAAAACAUCCAACUUUCAUCGAAAAAGCUAAGCGGUACUAAAUUUAAACCGCAGCCUAAACAUAAAAUCGUUUUAGAUUUAUUUGAAAAGAAAAAAAACGAAGGUCUAAGAAUGGUGAUGCAGGGGACCACUAAGUGACCAAUGUUUUCUAAUAAAGAAAUAAACUAUA